UCGCACAAAGAAACGCGUAGUCGGCAGUACAGCACCGCACGUCGAGUCGCUCAGUUCAUAUUACGACACCGCAGCGUAAACAACGAAAGAUCGCGCAUUGCAGUGAGUGAUUCUCGUCAAGCAGUGAAAAAUUUAAUUUCAUAAAUAACCGUAUUUGUGUGUGAUUGCGUAGAACGAUGGCUGAAGACAAUCAAAACUGUUUAAAAAAAUUGAAAAUUUUGCGAGAAGAAGUCUGUUGGGAGGUCGAAGAGGCGCGACACGAAAUUCUCGAUCGAUUCGAACAUUUAAUCAGGAAUGGUACUGGCAAACUUCCGAAUCUCCGUGACACUUUUCAGCCUGAAGAGAUCGAUUGGCUUCUCAUAAUUGACGCAUUUAACAAAGUCAAAACAAGCGGAGUUCCUCUCAUCGAUUUCGUGAUUCGCACCGGCUACAAAGACGAACCCGAGUUAGACAAAGACGGCAAGCCGCUGUUCAAUCGGACUACGCCUAUACAUCGUGCUGCUAAAACCCUAAAACCUUCUAUAAAAGAAACCAUAUCUAAACUUUUCGAAAUAUACAACAAAUUUGAUGUGAACUACAUCGACGAGUCCGGCCUCACGCAUUUUAAGAUAGCCUGCAUGUCAAACUGCUACGAGGUCGUCGAAAAAUUCCUUGAACUUAACAAAAGCCUAGCGCAAAACUUGGUUGAUCCGCCGUUACUCUUCGCUUUGUAUGAUAAUCCUUUGACUACUUUGGUCGGAUUGUUGCUGAGAAGUGGCGCCAAUCCAAAUGUGGCUGAUGCGGAAGGAUUGACUCCUCUGCACAUUAUUGGUGAGAAUGACAAUAUUUUCGGUGAUAAAGUCGCGAAGCUGUUCUUCAAGAUCUGCGAUGAAUUAUGUCAGCCAGUUCAAGUGAAUGCCCGAGACAAAAAGGGUUGGACGCCGCUACAUAUGUCUAUUUCUAAGGGUAACGAAAAGUUGACGCGAUUCCUGCUGAAUAAGGGCGCCGAUCUUAAUUUGGUCACUGAUGACGGAUUAAAUCCUCUGCACAUCGUUUGCAAGAGUGACGAUAUGUUCUUAUAUUAUAGAAAAGAUAUGGUGUCUCUAAUAUUCGAGGUAAAUAAUGAUAAACAUCAAUUAGUCAACGCCGUAGAUAAAUUAGGCCGGACCCCGCUUCAUUGGGCUGUGGCAAAUCUCUUGUCAGAUAUAGUGGAUGUAAUCUUGGAUCAUGGAGCUGAUCUGUCCGACUUCGUUUUCCCCACCGAAGAUUACUUCGGCCAGAGACAUACACGAAAAUAUACACUGCAGAUGGUAGUAUUCCCAACUAUGUCCAUUGUCGAGUCUUUGAAGAAAAAAGGAUACAUCUUGGACCAAAAUGCUGCCCUCAUGAUUAUGAAAUUUUUUGCCAAGAAUGGAUUGAUGAUUGAUGAGUCAGUAGAUAUUACUCCCGCCUGAUAAGGCAGAGAAGUUUUUUACGAUGGAGAACUACUGCGAGUUCACCUAUAGAAUUUCGCAUCUUCGCGACGAUUCUCAC